AGCAGCUCUCAGUACCAUACAGGCACAAAGCACUCUAGCUAUUUCAGACACAUUUAAAGGAUCACAGUCGAGAUCUCAGCUGACUGAAGAAGGUGUCUCUUUCAGCAUCGAAAAGAAGUGUAUAUACUCACUUGACGGGAUAAGGCGCUCUCUUAAGAAUGUCAAAACAGCCAGUUUCAAAUGUCAGAUCUAUUCAGGCUAAUAUCAACAUCCCAAUGGGAGCAUUUCGACCUGGCGCAGGGCAUCCUCCCAAAAGAAAAGAAUUUAUACCUGAAGUGGAGGAGAGCGUUCCUGCUUCUACAGAGGAGGAGGAGGAGAAGGGGAAGAAGCAGCUCCCAGGAGCCAAGAAACUUCCAGGCCCUGCUGUCAACUUAUCAGAGAUCCAGAAUAUAAAGAGUGAGCUGAAAUUUGUCCCCAGAGCUGACCAGUAGUAGAAAAGAACAGACAGGGCAGUGAGCUCCUGGAAGCUGAGUAAAUGGCAAGGCUGGUGCCUCUGAAGUCGACUGUGACUGCCACUAGAAGCCACCGCUGAGACCCUCCACUCCCUCUCCUCCACUACCCAUCAAAUGUUACUGAGAGCAGCUACCAUUAACUUCCUGCCCCUUUGCAAAUCAAGGAGAGUUUUCCUACAGCGCCAAUGACAUCCUACAGCUUGAUUCGGGGAAUGGAGGUAGAGAAAAGAUUGAAGAGACUUUGGCUGCUUAUAUCUCUCAGCACAGGUGAAGGACCCUAGGAAAUUUUAUGAGAGUUACACAGGAUAGAGUGAGGGACAGAACACACUCCUUCCUACUGAUGGGCAGGAGCAUCUAUAUGAGCCAAUCAAACAGACAAUAAUUGAGUGUUGCCGUUUUGGACAUGAAAACUAACUGUACUGACAUCUUCAAAGUAAACAUUCAAAGAUUACAGAGCAUUUUGCUCAACACUGGAAAAGAUUUGCAUUAGUUUUUCCUUUAAUAGAAGGAAAACAAUUGUGGAAAACAAUUCUUCACAUUCACCAACAUCUUUAUUUUAAACAGAUCAUUUUUAUAAUUGGAUGAGACAUCCACAGAGAAAUAAUUCAAAGAACUGUCAGAUUUUAUAGAAAAUGUGACAAAAAGCAUGUACUGGUAGUUAAAAUUUAAAGAAAUUAUAUCCCAUUAUAGCACCUCUUAUGUUCAGGAGCUAAUUUCCAGAGAGUUUGAAGUUGUGAACACAUGCUCAUGAAACUCCCCCCCGCCCAAAUAAAGUAACUCCAUUACAGCCUCAGUUAUGUUUACCCCACUCAGAAGUUCUAAUACACUCUAAAAGCAACAAAAAAAUGUUCAUGAGUGCUGUGGGGUCAGCAAAUAGACCUUUUCAUUUCAGUCUACAAUGAGACACAGAAUUUUUCAGAACAGGGAGAAGGUUGCAGCUAAUUGCUUCAGAAGCAGACAAUGCCCUACUUCCAUAUCAUUUUUUUGGGUGUGAAUUAGGGCUAUUAAAUAAUUGGUUUCCUUCGAUCAUGGUGUACUACAUAAUACUGUGCCCUGAGCCUUUGUUGUGAGACAUAUUUGUACACUGAAAACUUGCAUAAAUUUCUAAGGAUUAGGUUGCUGUUUAAUCACUGCUGAGUUGGAAGCAGUGCAAAGUUGCAUCCUACAAAGGAAGCCCAGAAACAUAGGAUGCCUUUGGAAGCUACCAGGGGUGCAGGUCUCCCUUUUGGUGGAACAUCUUACUUCCCUGAUAUGCUGGCCAGUUGUGCUGGAUAGAGUAUGUGGGAAGAUGGAGUGCAGCCAUUGCUCUGCCUCUUGCCUACCUCUCUACAUACACAAUAUGAAUUACAUCAGUUAAAAAAAAACAGUUGGAAUGCAGUCUCCAUAGAGCUUUCUGAACAUGUGAUCAUCUAUCCCUAAAAUCUAAGGCUCCAUUUUUAUAAUCUGAUCUGCGUAGACAGACCUGAUUCCCACAGAAAGUCUCCCUGACAUAAAUGGAGCUUUGCAUGGGCUUAAAGGCCCAUUCAUGUGGAUCCAGUUGCCUUUGGUCAUUAGAAAUUAUAUGGUCUGCAGGAGAAAAAUACAUAAUAUAUGAUUUUUCUUGAGAGCAUCAAACAGAACAUAGUUACAGAGCUAUGAAUGAGAUUAUAUAGUGGUUUUACCUACCUAUACAGGGGAAUUAUAUCAUCAGCUUAAGCCAUGUGCAGUGCACCCAUACAGUAUGGUGAUGAGCCUGUAAUAAAUAAUACAAAGUUCAAAAUGUCUUCAGCACCAUAGAUUGUAAGUACCUUAAUCAGAGUAAAGAGCUAAGUGCUCUCAAACACACAACAUACAACUCAAUCCCUUAUUAAUGGCACAACUCAUUUUUAUCAAAUUUACAUAAAUUGUAGUCAAUUAAACUGACAGAGUGAUUCAAAAUAUCAUGGGUUGGGCAUAGCAAUCAAGCUAAUUUAUUUCUCAUAGACUUAGUCCUCUCAUCAUUUCAUUUUGUAAUUUUUUCCUCCUGUCAUUGGAUAGGAGACAACCUAAUUACGUUUUCACAGGCCUGCGCUCAGAAAUCAUCUAAAUUACUUUUUAAAUGUACUUUGGAUUUUUUGUCAUCUAAUUUGAAACUUUGUACUGAUCUCAUACAGGCUACUUGUAAGGAAUGUAUUCUAUUGCCUUUAAAUAGGACAGUUUUAAAUAUAUGGAGCUAAAUCUAGGGAUCCUUGCUCCUUUCUCCCUCAGUCUGUAGUUAGGCAAACUCCCAUUGGGUUCAGUGACAGUUUGCCAGUCUUGAGGCCUUAUCUGUAUUUGGGAUUAGUCCUGAGUCAGCCAUUGAUGUCCAACAACUGGUGCAGCUGCAUGAACUCACCUGUACUUCAUUUUGAUGGAUGUCACUCAUUUUAGUCCCCAGGUUACUUCUGG